UAGUUUGUAGUGUUUACGUUCAUGUGACUGAAUAGAGAGGAAGCCCGCGUCCUAAAGAAAUAGAGAACCCCUCUACACAAUGGCGUUUUCAUUUCAUAUAGGCAUAUUAUACGUGAUAGGUUUUGUUUUAAUUGGAUUAAGUUCAGGUUUCGGCACAAAAGAUAUAUGUUUCCCCCACAGUUGUCAAAGGAAUAGUUCUCUGACAUGCCAGAAGUCAAACAGCACAGAAAUGGGGAGAUGUUGUGUGAUCAAGUCGGGGAACGUUACAUAUAUCACAGAGUUGGACCUUUCCAACUGUGACAUUCAGACUCUUAAUAAGAGUCUUACAAAUCAUCCUAACUUAACCACCAUAUUCCUUCAAGGAAAUAAUUUGAAAAACAUAACAAGGGAAGACUUCUAUCAAACUACAAAUAUUGAUCUCUUAGUGUUACAACCAGACCUGAAAUGCCCAGGGGGGCCUGAUGCAUGGAACUCUUCCGUACUAGACAACAAAACAGAUACAACACGAUGUGAAGUGGAAAAACAAACAUGCCAGCUUCUCAUAAAUGUAACCUGUCCAAAUACCAACAGCAUGUGUCAACAUGUCGGACCCAACAUGAUGGAGUGUGUUUGUGAAGAUGGUUUCCAUGGAUACAAAUGCCUGAGAAAGGGACAGUUCCCAACAUCCUUGUUCAUGAUCGCACUAGCUGUGGGCACUGUGGUGCUGUCAGCAGUGUUGUGGUUGGCUGAAAAUCGGUGUAAAAAAACAACAAAGACACCCAGACUUUAAAUCUAAAGUGAUUGGCAAUAGUUAUUCAAUAAUUAUUCACUGCCCUGGUCUUUCUUUCUCAUUAAAUGGGAGUUUCAUGAGAUUACAUUCUUGGUAGGGCUUUCAGUCUACCCUUGGUAUUUGGAAUUUUCUGAAAUCAAGCCACAUUUUCCUUCAAGGGUUUACUGACAGCCCUCAUUCUUUUGCAUGGUUACAUUUUACUACAUUCCAUUUCAUAAGUCAUCUGAUAAUAUAUAUAUAUAUAUAUAGAUAAAGUUUAUCUGUCAUGUUGAUUGAGGAGGAGAAUGGUGCAUUUAUAUUACCCAGGUAUAUUGUGUUGGCAAUUUGAAAAUAUUAUAUUUUGCUUUAUACUUUUUUUUUUCUGAAAUUUGAUUCUUAGUACAUGUAUGAACAUUCUUAUUCUUGGCAUCUAGUAACAUUGUUUGCUGGUGCAUAAUACCCGAGACUGACACUCAAGCUGUCAUAUAUUUUCAGGAUACUUCAUUGCAUGAAUUUUGAGAAUGUUUUUAGCCCACAAUCAUCAGAUGGUAAACUGUUCAAAAGAACCUUUGCAUCUGUCUUUAAAAAGUUCUUAUUAUCAACGUUUCCCAAGAACUAAUGUAUAGAUGGUUCUAAACUUCUGAUAUUUCAUAUAUAUAUAGAUUCUCCUUUUUAUACAGAUGGCUGAAAGGUAUUUUUGUAAUGUUUUAGAAAACUGAUAUUCUAUAAUUUCUUCGGCCUUGAUAGAUAUUGUUGGGUUUGGAGUCCUCUAUUUUUCAGAUACGGGGCUAAUAUAAAUAGUUUGUUGUAUGCUGCAUGUUUUUUUAAUAAAAAAAUAAAUAAUGUA